GUGAACUACGUCAAUCUGUCGCUGACGCUCUUCCGCAAGCUCACCCGCUUCAUCGACGGCGAGGAGAGCUACCCCGUCCUCAAGGACAUCUUCGUGGCCGGUAUCGCGCAUCCCGCCGCCUUCAGAAACGAGAUCUACGCCCAGGUCAUGAAGCAGGCUACCUUCAACUCCUCCAAGGAGGGCACGCUGCGUGCGUGGGAGGUGCUGGCCGCGUACUGUGGCGUCUUCCCGCCGACCGACGUCUUCCUCCCGUAUCUGGGCUCCUUCCUGCUCGAAGCCGCCGCGAUUCCUACGGAAGUCGGCGCGUUCGCGCGCUACGCCUACGACAAGCUCAAGCUGCUGGCCUACCGCGUAAGGCAGAAGGAAAACCGGCAGUACCCCCCGUCCAUGCUCGAGUUCGAGGCCAACAAGGAGCGAAGGCAGAUGCGCGUCUGGUUCACGCUGCCGAGCGGCAGCGACGCGGCGGUCCAGAUCGACCCCGUGUCCACGGCCGCCGAUGUCUUCACGCCGCUCACCACCAAGGCCGUGCGGCUGAACGACCCUUCGGAGUUUGCCAUCUACGAGGUCUACCCUGCGAGCAACCUCGAGCGGAGCCUUGCGCCCAACGAUUUCAUUGCCGACAUCCUGUCCAAGGCAGAAAAGUACGGCCUCGAGGUGAAGCUGUUCUUGAAGAAGAAGAUGUGGCUCGACCCCGCCUUCCUCUCCGAAGAUCCCUCUGAAAACAGGCUCGAGGUGUUCCAGCUUCACACCUACAUCCUCAGUGAGCGCUUGCCGAUCCGCGAGAGCCACGUCGCGGGGAUUGCUGCGGCCAAGGUGAUCAUUGACGGCGCGCACCAGACCCUCGCAACCAACCCGAGCAGCAUGUACGGCUCUUGCCCCUUUGGACGCGUCACUGGCCGCGCGACCAUCAUUCUCUGUUUGUC